AUGGAUUGGCUAGCAGCAAAUAAUGUUAUGCUUGAUUGUGCCAAAAGAGUAGUUUCAUUACUAGUGUUGUGUGUAGCUGUGGAAUCUUCAGAGCAACCUAAGUUUCUAUUGGUAGUAAGUACUGAGAAGUUAAUCCGGCAAGGUUGUGAUGCCUAUAUGGUAUUCUUUACAGCCAGCAUGGUGUAUGAUAGUGGGAUUGAGAAGAUUGGGGUGGUAAGUGAGUUCCCAGAGGUACUUUCAGAAGAGAUGACUGGAUUACCUCUUGAAAGGGAAGUUGAGUUCUCAAUUAAAUUAGUUCUUGGAACUGAAUCGAUAUCAAAGGCUCUUUAUAGAAUGUCAUCGUCUGAAUUGGCUGAGCUAAAGAAGCAGAUUGAAGAUUUGUUAGAGAAAGGAUUCAUCAGACUAAGUGUAUCACCUUAG